AUAAGCUUCUCUAGACUCGGUUUGCUUGGACUAGGGUUUUUCGUCAUCGCCUCCUUAGCGUCGUCGGCUUCUACCAGUCUCCACAAACCUUAGUCAUGGCGGAACAGACGGAGAAGGCAUUCUUGAAGCAGCCCAAGGUGUUCCUCUGCUCGAAGAAGUCGGGGAAAGGGAAGAGGCCAGGAAAAGGAGGGAACAGGUUCUGGAAGAGCGUUGGGUUGGGGUUCAAGACUCCCAGAGAGGCUAUUGAUGGGACAUAUAUUGAUAAGAAAUGCCCAUUCACUGGAAAUGUUUCCAUCAGGGGUCGUAUCCUUUCUGGUACUUGUCACAGUGCCAAGAUGGUGAGGACCAUUAUUGUUCGCCGCAACUACCUUCAUUUUGUUAAGAAAUACCAAAGAUAUGAAAAGCGCCAUUCAAACAUUCCAGCGCACAUAUCCCCAUGUUUUCGUGUGAAGGAGGGGGACUAUGUCACUGUUGGCCAGUGCAGGCCUUUGUCCAAGACGGUGAGGUUUAACGUUUUGAAAGUGAUUCCAGCUGGAUCUUCUGGGGGUGGUAAGAAGGCAUUUACGGGAAUCUGAGUUUCAGUUUGUGAGUUUUCUCAGAAGUGUUUGUUACAUUUGAACGAGAAUGAGCUACUCCCUACAGACGAGACUUUUUUGUCCCUUUUUUUUUCCUUAAAAUAUUAAAUCUUUGUAUGACCCUGUUUAUGUUUAUUUUCAACUGGAGUUCCUGAAUUUUGCUAGGCUAAUCAUUUCUUUAUGGGUUCCUUUUGAAA